AGUCGCGGCGCGUCGGUGCGCACACGGGCUCCGGGAAGCGCCAGGGGAGAGGAGAAGGACUUACUCCCCCAGCCGAGGAGCAGCAGCCUCCCCCGCCGCCUGUGAUUUCUGCCCAUGACAGCAGCAUCUCUGCCCGCUCCUUUUUUAAAUUAUUUUUAUUUUUGCAAAUUUGCGUAGAGUCUUUGUGUUUUGUGUUUGCUUUUUUUUCUUCUUCACGCCCCUGCCAAACAAAGAGAAGGGGGGGCCUCUGGGAGAAGACAUGCGUUCCGUCAGGAAGAGGUGGACUAUCUGCACGAUAAGUAUCCUCCUGAUCUUUUAUAAGACAAAAGAAAUAGCAAGAACUGAGGAGCACCAGGAAACGCAACUCACGGGAGAUGGUGAGUUGAGUUUGAGUAGAUCAAUGCUCAAUAGCUCUGAUAAAAUAAUUCAAAAGAGUGGCUCUUCAAUCUUUCAACAUUCUGUAGAAGGCUGGAAAAUCAAUUCUUCUUUGGUCCUGGAGAUAAGGAAGAAUAUUCUUCGAUUUUUGGAUGCUGAAAGAGAUGUCUCAGUGGUCAAAAGCAGCUUCAAGCCAGGAGACGUAAUUCACUAUGUGCUAGACAGACGUCGCACCCUGAACAUUUCUCAGGAUUUGCAUAGCCUCCUUCCUGAAGUUUCACCAAUGAAGAACCGUCGGUUUAAAACAUGUGCAGUUGUGGGCAAUUCUGGCAUCCUCCUGGACAGUGAAUGUGGAAAGGAGAUUGACAACCAUGACUUUGUAAUAAGGUGCAAUCUAGCCCCUGUGGUGGAGUUUGCUGCAGAUGUGGGAACUAAAUCUGAUUUUAUUACCAUGAAUCCAUCAGUUGUACAAAGAGCAUUUGGAGGCUUUCGGAAUGAGAGUGACAGAGAAAAAUUUGUGCAUAGACUAUCCAUGCUGAAUGACAGUGUCCUUUGGAUCCCUGCUUUCAUGGUGAAAGGCGGAGAGAAGCAUGUGGAGUGGGUUAAUGCAUUAAUCCUUAAGAAUAAAUUGAAAGUGCGAACCGCCUAUCCAUCACUGAGACUUAUUCAUGCUGUCAGAGGUUACUGGCUGACAAACAAGGUCCACAUCAAACGACCCAGCACCGGUCUCCUCAUGUACACGCUCACUACCAGAUUUUGUGAUGAAAUUCACCUGUAUGGGUUCUGGCCAUUCCCAAAGGAUUUCUAUGGAAAACCAGUCAAAUAUCAUUACUACGAUGAUCUAAAAUAUCGAUACUUUUCUAAUGCCAGCCCUCAUAGGAUGCCAUUAGAGUUUAAAACUUUACAUAUGUUACAUAACCAAGGAGCACUGAAAUUAACAACAGGGAAAUGUGUACAGCAAUAA